AUUGCAUGAUUCUAAUUGUUUUCUCCUAGCUAUCAGCUACUGUUACUAAUAUUCAUUUUAAAUGAAUUUACACAUACACAUUACAUUAGUUUAUAUUUAACUAGAGAUAGAUUUAAACAUGGAAGGCGGUGGUAGUGGACCUUAUGCCAAGGUCAUUCCAUUUAAUAACGGAAGAUACAAAAGAGUAGCGGAUCCUGUAGUUCCAGAAGUCGUCAUUAAGUUGGCGGUUUGCUGUGGCUUCGAUCCCAUGGAUGAGGAUUUUGAUUUAUUGAUUAGUAAUUCAUAUGGUAGUUCAUACGACUAUUCAGAGACUUCAAAAAAUAAAAAUUACCAAAGAUGUAAUGAGCAAUGAUGAUGAAGAUUAUAUGGAUAAAAGCUCAAAUGAUAGUAAUUAUGGAGAGUCAGAUUUGGAAGAAGAGGUACAAAAAAUGGACGAGAUUAAAACAAAUGAAGAAUCAGGAUUACUAAGAGAAAUGGAAAGUAAAGAAUCUUCUACCAUGUUAAAAAAAAUGACCAUUAAAGAAUCAUAUACUGAGUUGAAACAAAUGACAAGUAAAGAGUCUGGAAUGGUAAAAUGGGAAGAUGAGGGACAAGACCAAGAACUAGACUUUGAAAGUUAUUUUAAGAAGGUUCCUGAGGAAGAAGGAGUUCCUAUACUAUUUUACACAAAAACUAGAGAGAAACCAGCAUUUCUAAUGUUAACUAUAGACCCUGAAAUGGAGGUAAUUUACAUGAACAGAAACAAAAUCUCAAGAUUCUUUCCCAUUAAACUCAUUGGCAAACUGGUUACAGAUAGAGAAGUAAUAAUGAAGGAAUUUUCAAGGCAAAUUAGUAAGGAUAGGAACAUUAAAUUAGAAAAUAUGGUUUUAUUUAGUGCCUCUAACUUCACUGAUUCUGUGGCUAUACAAUUUGCAGAUGAAUCGGAAAAGGUUCAUUUUAUUAAUGAAGUGACCAGGAUUAAAGAUUUAAUUAAAAACAAACAUUAAUAUUGAAAAAUAAUCAUUAAUAUUAGUGAAAACUCAUUUCACACCUGUCUGUUUAUUUAAUAUUGGGUUUGAUUCAAUGUGUAAAAAUUCG